AUGGAAAUAGUGGCUGCAUUGCUUGAGGUUGUGCACAAUAUCCACAGUGCAGGAUUUGUCCACCUGGAUAUCAAGCCCGCUAACAUCGCUGUUCCACUCCGUACCACCAACGAUACUGCAGCUGCAACAAUGCUGGACUUUGGUGUUGCGCGCAUGGUCACAGAGGGUUGGAUGGCACCAGAGAUGAAAAUCGAAGGGAUUGAGAACAUCGACAUCAAGGCCGCAGAUGUUUGGUCUGUAGGGAGGGUACUGUUGUUCAUGGCAAGCUUCUGCCCUUUUGAUGAAGAGCAGAAGAAGUUGGUCAGAAUGCUUGGCAGGAGGAUGACAUCGCCUGACCCAGAUGGUCGACCCUCUCUGGCUGAAGCGUCGGGUAACCGACCAGUAUAG